UUUUUAAAAAAAAUGAUAAAUAAAAACCAAUAUUAAAAAAAAUAAAAUUAAGUAAGGAUUGUAAAAAAUGAUUAUGGAGAUUAAACUUUAAGUAUGAGUGAUACUAAUAUAGUGAAUAAACAUUUUAUAACAAAUGAUUCAAAAGGGUGGCAGUCACCAUGUCCUAAAAUCAAAUUAAAUAACCAAUUCAGAAAAGAGUCAAAUGAGUUUAUUCAUCGCAAUGGAAAACCAUAUUUUCCAGUAUUAAAAUCUGAAAAAGAAGCUCGCAGAGAAAAAUUAGAUGAAACUAUACAAAAAUUUGUUGAUGCUAGCACAUGUCAUGGAUUUAAGCAUUGCUUUAACUCAGGGAGCAAAGUAAGGCAGCUAAUAUGGAUGAUGAUUUUAGCUGCUUCAGUGGCACUUCUUGUACAAAAAUUAUACGAAAGUGGAGUUAAAUUUUUAGAACGACCAUUUUCAACAAAAACAACUUUGACAUAUGUAGAUCAAAUGGAAUUUCCAGCAAUAUCUAUAUGCAAUAUGAAUGACAUGAGAAAUUCAAAGGUAGUAAACACAACGUUAGGAAGAAUUUUAGAAAAGAUAAAAGUUGAAAAUAACAAUCAAUAUAUAAAAGACAUUUCUCCAGAAGAAUAUAGUAGUACUAGAGCAUCAGCCAACCAUGAAAUCAAAGAUAUGCUAUACACGUGCAUUUUUCAAGAAAAAAUUGAAUGUAAUCAUACAUUUUUUAGCGCUUUUGCUGCUUCUCAAGGUGAAAGAUGUUACAAAUUCAACUCAAGUGAUUUAAAUGUAACAGGGACAGGUAAAAAGCAUAGUCUAACUAUGGAGUUAAACAUUGAACAGUAUGAUUACUACGAAGACAUUAAGGAGGCAGGAAUAAAACUGAUAAUUCAUGAUCAACAUGAAACUCCAGUACGAAUGGCUGGAGUAAAACUUUCUCCAGGAUUCUCAGCAACAGUACAAAUUAAAAAAAAAAAGACACUAAACUUAAAAGCUCCUUAUGCAACAAAUUGUGGAAGUAAACCUUUGAAAUAUUUUGACCAUUAUUCAACUAACACCUGCUGGUUAGAGCGCCUAACAGAUCAUGUUGUAACUAGUUGUAACUGCAAAGAUAGUUUUAUGCCUGGCCACGCUCGUGUAUGUUCAAUACCAGAACUAAUGAACUGCACAUUUUUGAAAUGGGAAGAGUUCAACAAAUUAAAAGACAUCCAGUGCCCAAUCCCAUGUGAAAGUCAAGAGUUUGAAUCGUCAAUAUCAUUUGCACGCUAUCCGUCAAACAUAUUAGCAGAUAAAAUUGCUAAAGAUAUGCAACUUCCUGGAUCAGUUCAAGAAAACAGAGAAUUUAUCAGGGAUAAUUAUCUAAGGGUAGAAAUAUUCUAUGAGGAAAUGAGUUAUAUACAAGUGGAACAAACUCCAAGCUAUGAUCUCAUGAUAUUACUUGGUGACAUUGGUGGACAAUUCGGACUGUUUUUGGGUUCAAGUAUUAUUACUUAUGUGGAAUUCUUUGAUUUCUUUGCUGCAUUAAUUUAUACAAAAUAUUUUCGGAUUUUUAAACCACCCAAGAUUUAAUAACUUUAAAAAGCAUGAAAAGUUGGUACAAAAGAAGCAAAAAAUUAAAAAUGUGAUCAACAGAAUUUUUGUAGUUAAUAAAAAAGACAAACUCGUAACUGGA